AUGUUGGGCGGAGGCGUCGAGCUGGAUAACGGUGGGAGGUGGAGGGAGGGAGUGCAAGGCUGGGUACCUGUCUGCGAUCGCAUAGAGGACGAGGCUGCUGCGGGAGCUCCGAGACAGCAAGAGCUGUACUGCACACACACUGUUCAGCGCACCAUGAGCAUUCAAGAGGCCAUUCCGAGAGCCGCGAGGUCAAUUGUCUUGGGGGUGGAGCUCGAGGCACAGCGGCAGGCAGAGAAUGCGGGUUUGAGGUGUUGUCUCUUCACCGUUGCACUCAUCCAAAGCCAGCUCCAGUCCGAUGCCAUGGCUGCUCCGUACGGUCUUCUACUACUACCGACCCCGCCCUCCCCCGCCGUGCGCCAGUUGAAGGAGGUAUAUGGACCGGCGCUGUCGCAUAUCUUUUCAGAUGCUGCGGUCCAGCUAAAGGGCUCCAGCAAUAUAUAUAAGCUUGACAUCGGCUUGGUCAUUCCCCAUUCACUCGGCGGUCAAUACCAGCCGCGGUCGAAAGCCUUCGCCAGCAUACAGCAUCUCCUGGCCAACUUCUAUACGCUGGUGGGCGCCACCAGUGCUUCUUAUGAUGUAGAGCUAGAUGUACCGGGUGGCGUGGACGUCCGGGUCUUUUUAGUUGAUCCCAGCGAACAGAGCCAGUUCAAAGACUCGCAAAGAGUACAAGGACCCGUCAUUGACUUGGCAACACUGGCAACUUCACAACGAUCCUGGGAUCAGAUUUAUGUUCCAGAUACGGACGGAGGAGAACUCCUAAUUGCGGCUUUCUUGAAACUUGACGUUUCUAUUCCUUCCAAGAAGCUCCCUAUAGGCAAUGUAUCAGUUACUCCGCAGACAGUUAUCACUCCCGACGAUAGGCGCUCUACAAGCCAUUCCGCCGUCAUAGUGGGCGGGACAUUUGACCAUCUUCAUAUUGGGCAUAAAUUGUUGCUGACAGCCACAGCAUUGGCACUUGAUCAUAGGAGAGAGGAGCAGGUCGGGAGCCGACCUAGAUCUCUCGUAGUUGGCAUAACAGGCGACGAGAUGCUCGUCAACAAGAAGUUCGCAGAAUACCUCGAGAGCUGGGAAGAGAGAUGGCAAAACACCGCGGCGUUUCUCCGCGCCAUCAUCGACUUCAGUCCGCCUGGGGAGAGCCCUCCUGAUAUCCAGCGGACAGAGAAACCAGGCCCCAAUGGCAAACAGGUUUCGUUUCAAGUCGCGCCGGAUUUAACUGUCCGCUUGGUGCAGAUUGCGGAUCCGUUUGGCCCUACCAUUGCGGAGGAAGAUCUUGGGGCUCUGAUUGUGUCAGCAGAAACCAGAUCUGGUGGACAGGCAGUGAACGCAGAGAGAAACAAGAGAGGAUGGGCAUCCCUGGAGGUCUUCGAGGUGGACGUGUUGCAGGCGGGAGAAGCAGAAGCAGUAGCGGAUACGUCGGCCAGUGGUUUCGAAGCCAAAAUCAGCAGCACCGACAUUCGCCAGCGCCGAAUGAAGAGUGCCAACAGCAGCCUUUAA